GGAUGAGAAGAUUUGUAAUGUGUUUUUGAGAAAUAUUUUUUUUCUUCUUUUUUGGAUUGGAAGAAUUCAUUUUGAAAUGAUAAACUUCAGGCAAGUAUAGAAAGAAGAGACAGAAAUGGUAAACAUUCGUGCAAGAGAUCCACAAAAAAGCUCAGGAUCUCCAAAAGGAGAGGUGGGGGAGAUUGACACAAGAGCACCAUUUCAAUCUGUCAAAGCAGCUGUUUCUUUAUUUGGCGAAGUAGUUGUCUCCAAGGACAAAGACAAACCAUCCCUCAUAAUUAAAAAGCUUUCUUCUGAGAAUGUGUUGGACAAGGAGCCCCAACUUCUGUUGGUUCAGAGAGAGCUUGACAAGUACAAGCAGCAGCUUGAAGUUGCUGAGGCAACAAAAUCUCGAGCACAUUCUGAACUCGAGAAGGCCAUGAUAACGCUAAACGAAUUGACCACCAAGCUCAAAACUACGACCGAGUCUAGGCUAUCUGCUGUGGAAGCUGCAGAAAUUGUGAAGAACCAAGCAAAGGAACUCGAAGUUGCAGAAACUCAGCAACACUUGGGAAAUGCUGAUCGGAAACAGGAAUUGGAUCAAGUAAGAGAGCAGUACACGAUCAUUGUGAGUAAACUUGAUCUUGCAAAACAAGAACUCACCCAAAUCCGACAAGAUUUUGAUCGGGCCCUGGAAGCAAAAUCAGCUUCAUUUCAGCAAGCAGCAGAAGCCCAGCGUGUAGCCAACGUGAACAUAGAAAGGAUUACUGAGCUCUCAAACGAAAUUAGAAUCAUGCAAGAAUCAGCUCAGCAAUUAAAGCUUGCCUCUAUAGAAUCUCAAGAACAACUAGAAAAAAUUCUGUCAGAGAAAGAGGCCUGCAUAAGAGCCUCUAUAGCAACCAAGGAAGACGUUGACAAGAGAUUAAAGUCUUUAAUUCAAGAAUAUGACCCUAAGCUUACUAGAAAACUUGAGUUGAAGCUUGCAGAAACAAAUAUGGAGAUUGAAGUUAUACAAGAAGAAAUGAAAAGAGCCCAUGCCAUUGAAAUGGAUACUAUGAAACUUGUAACCACUGAGCUCAAUGAAGCAACAAAGACAUUACAGCAAGUUGCUGAGGAAGAGAAUUUGCUUCGAAAUAUAGUGACUUCGCUUAGACUGGAAUUAGAAGAAGUGAGAAAGGAAAAAGCUGAAUUAGAGAAGAAAGAAAAAGAAAUAUAUGAUCAGCAAAGUUCACUACUUGAGCAGCUAACGUCAGAAACUGAGAGUGCAAGAACAGAAGCAGAAGAGAUAAAGAAGAAUACUAAUAAACUCAAUCAAGAAGCUGAAAGUUCCAUGUUAAUAGUUGAAAAAGCAAUGGAAAGGCUUCACCAUGCUCUUAAAGAGGUUGAACAAGCCAAAGAAGCAGAAAAGAAAGCCCACGAUGAGAUGAAAAUCUUGUCUGAGAAAUACAAGAAUCAAAAUUCUGAAUCAAAUAAUAACAUAAUAAAAAUUUCAUUGCAGGAGUUUGAGAGUUUAAAAAAGAAAGUGGAGGAAUGUGAAACUACGGCUGAUGCAAAAGAGACAGUUGCCAUAAUUGAAGUGGAAGAAAUUAUUACAAGGAAGAACGCAGCAGAGAAAAAGUUGCAGGAAAAUUUGAAAGCUAUUGAAGAAAUUAAAGAAGCUACUGAUAUUGCUUUGAAGUCAGCACAGCUAGCAGAGAAUGCACAAAUUGAGGUGGAGGGAGAGCUUCAAAGGUGCCGUCAAAAACAUGAUAAAUAACAUCUUGUCAAUAUCCAUUUCAAAUUCUUAAAAAAUCAGAUAAGUAAUUAGGAAGGAUUUGUCCAAGAAUUCUUUGUUCUUUUUUGCAAAGCUAUCUUUUAAUUAUUUUUGUCUCACACGCAGCUUUGUCCUAAUUAAUCCAAGUGUUUAAUUGUCUUCAUGAUGUAACUAUAA